AGCAGCCAAUCAGCGCGUGUCAGGGACACACGAACGGUGAUAAUAUCCACGGAGCAGGCUGCGCGUGCUGCCGCGGCCAGGAGGAACAAAGGACCGUCGCUGCUUCUGCCUCUUCUGCCGCCUCACACGCGCCUCCACCGGGCACAUUCUUCCGUCCUCGCUCCUGGAGUCACACCGAAGCCACGCCGAGGGAACGUCAGAGGCUCGUUCGUUUUCUCUCAACGCUGAUGCGGAGCAGACGCUCAACGACAGGUUCCUGCGAAACGACCCGGAGCUGUGAUGUUCUGACCCGUGUCCCGUCAACAGGGCAGAGAUGCACUUCCCACAAGACGCCCGCACGCCGAUGGAUUAAAGAGGAGUGUGGUUGUCCCUGGCUGAAGAGGGCGUGUGUCUAACAGCAUUGUUCUACUGAGCACCCACAGUGUUGCUGCUGUGCCCAUGAGGUAACGUCAGGACCUACCGCUGCCUCAUUAUCACCCUUGGUCCAUCCAUCUCCCUGUCCACUCCCCCAUCCUCCAUUGGACCAACCCAGCCAUGGGCCAGAAGAUCUCAGGCAGUAUUAAGUCAGUGGAUGUGCGCGGGGAGCCUUCAUAUCCGCCGAUGCGCCGUGACCUGCGAGGCCCAGACUUCUGCCGGCCCCCGAGACUGGAUUUACUGCUGGACAUGCCACCGGCCACUUCUGAGACACAACUGCGCCAUGCCUGGAACCCAGAUGACCGAUCACUCAACAUCUUUGUGAAGGAGGACGACAAGCUGACAUUUCACCGGCACCCAGUAGCACAGAGCACGGACUGUAUUCGAGGCAGGGUGGGCUACACCAGAGGCCUCCAUGUCUGGCAGAUUCACUGGCCAGCAAGACAGAGAGGAACCCAUGCUGUUGUUGGUGUGGCCACUGCUGAAGCACCUUUACACUCAGUGGGCUACAUGGCCCUGGUGGGCUCGGACUCUGAGUCCUGGGGCUGGGACCUGGGUAGGAACAGACUGUACCACGAUGGAAAGAACCGACCGGUUUCCACGGCGGCACCCACGUACCCGUGUUUCCUGGAACCAGACGAGUCUUUUGUGCUUCCGGACUCUCUGACAGUAAUACUUGAUAUGGAUGAAGGAACGCUGAGCUUCAUGGUAGACGGACAGUACCUGGGAGUGGCGUUUAGAGGGCUGAAGGGCAAGAGACUGUAUCCUAUCAUCAGUGCUGUGUGGGGGCACUGUGAGGUGUCUAUUCGCUAUGUCAACGGACUAGAUCCGGAGCCGCUGCCUCUCAUGGAUCUGUGCAGGAGAGUCGCUCGACUGGCUCUGGGCAGAGAGCGCAUCCAUCACAUCGACACACUCCCACUGCCUCAGACUCUAAAGAACUACCUCCAGUACCAGUGACCGCACACACACGCACGCACACACACACACACACACACACGUGUUUGAUGAUUGUUACCUUCAAACUGAAACAUAAGCAUCAGACAUGUGCGAGGACGUGGACUCUGACACUGACUAUGAACAGGUGAUGGGGCGUGGUUCUGUUUACACUAGUGUUGGAUUCUCCAUUUGGUUUUUCAGUUCCUGAUUUUCAGCUUUUACCAUUUUUGAAUACAAACAUAUCAUAUAAUAUCAUAUCAUACAAACAUAUGUUCAGUCAACAACACGUCCUCAGCUGUGGGAGCUUCCUCUGAAACAUGCAGCAGGCUCCCUUCACAUCACAGGAGGGAGCGACCAGGGGAAGCAUGAGUGGCACACAGGGUACUACACAACGCUGAUAUACAUGAUGUCACAGCUUUUUUGUUGUAAAAACAGCUCAGAAAUGAGGCUAAAAGUCAAUAUUCAAAAGCAUUUUCAUCAUUUAGAAUUCCCCUCCCUCUCUCUCAUCGCUCAGUGUCUCUCCACCUCUGGUUUAGUUUCCAAUCCUCCAUGUUUUCUGUUUGAGGGUGAAGGUUGACGCCUGUUCUCUCUCACUCCCUUAAACGCUGAUAAGAGUUUGAUCCAAAGCUGAAGCUUUGUCUUCGACUGCUAAUGUGCCUGCGCUGAGAAAGCACACACACACACACACAGCACAUGACCACACCUCCUCCCUGAAAAGUUUUAAAUGCUGCUUUUUCCUUUUUCUGUUUUUUUAAACUUCUAGAUUUACUUUUAAAAAAUCAUGGUCUUAUAAGAUUUUUUUUUAAAUGAUCUCUUGUUUUUGUUUUUCUGCGGGUCCAGACGUCGCCGCAUGUACGGUGGAAGAAUGUUGCUGCCAUGAGACUUUUAAAUGUGAAUAAGAAUAAAUUCAGCUCAACUGACA